AAACUCUGUUUUCAGAUCCACUCACAUCAUCAUCAUCAUUUAUUGACUUCCUUGCUUGCAUCUCAAGAUCUAAUCUGCGCCAUUUUCUUAUCCCCAGAGCACCAUUCUCAUCCUCAAUUCCCCAUCUUAAUUUCAGGAGGUUGGUGGUGAUAAGGAGCUCCAGGCAAUCACUGAAGCGAAUUAAACAACGUAAGUACUGGAUUUGGUGUUGAAGUUUUGUUCUGGAUAUCCAUUACCUAUCGUGGAUCUCUUGGAGAGGGAAAUGAGGUUCUGAUUUUAACUUGAAGUGAAAGUAGAAGGGAAAUUUUCAUUUUCUGCUCCUGGUUGCGAAAGAUGUCGAGGGGAAGAGGUGAUGGGGAUCUGAAGAAGCGGUUGGUAACUUGGAUAGUGGUAAUAGCUAUCAUCUGUGGUUGUCUUUACAUAUAUUCUCGAAACAGUGGAACAUCUGCUUUGGAAUAUGGCAGUAAAUCUCUAAGGAAGUUAGGUUCUUCUUAUCUGGGUGGAGAAGAUGAUGGUGACGGUGCUUCCAACAAACCUGGCGAAGAUCUACAGGAUGAUGUUAUGCUUAAAAGCAUUCCUGUUUGUGAUGAUCGACACUCAGAGCUGAUUCCUUGUCUAGACCGAAAUCUUAUAUACCAGACAAGAUUGAAGCUGGAUUUGUCUUUGAUGGAGCACUAUGAAAGGCACUGCCCAGUUCCAGAAAGGCGCUUCAAUUGCUUGAUUCCUCCUCCACCAGGUUACAAGGUCCCGAUCAAGUGGCCCAAAAGCAGAGAUGUGGUGUGGAAAGCAAAUAUACCUCACACCCACCUCGCAAGUGAAAAGUCUGAUCAGAACUGGAUGGUUGUCAAAGGUGACAAGAUUGAAUUUCCUGGAGGAGGAACACACUUCCAUUAUGGAGCUGAUAAGUACAUAGCUGCAAUUGCAAAUAUGCUAAACUUUUCAAAUGACAUUUUAAACAAUGAAGGAAGGCUCCGGACUGUCCUUGAUGUUGGUUGUGGAGUUGCAAGUUUUGGGGGAUAUAUGCUUGCUUCUGAUAUGAUUGCAAUGUCAUUGGCACCAAAUGAUGUUCAUCAAAACCAGAUCCAGUUUGCCUUGGAAAGAGGAAUCCCUGCAUACCUUGGUGUUUUAGGGACAAAGAGACUUCCUUACCCAAGCAGAUCUUUUGAACUUGCACAUUGUUCUCGUUGUAGGAUUGAUUGGCUUCAAAGAAAUGGAAUCCUUCUUCUUGAGCUAGAUAGGUUGCUUAGACCUGGAGGCUACUUUGCAUACUCAUCCCCUGAGGCCUAUGCGCAAGAUGAAGAGGAUCUGAGAAUCUGGAAAGAAAUGAGCGCCCUUGUCGAACGGAUGUGUUGGAAGAUAGCUGUGAAAAGGAAUCAAACAGUUAUCUGGGUCAAGCCUCUGACAAAUGACUGUUACAUGGAAAGAGAACCUGGUACUCAGCCUCCCCUCUGCAAAUCUGAUGAUGAUCCAGAUGCAGUUUGGGAUGUGCCAAUGAAAGCUUGCAUCACUCCUUACACUGAUCAACAACAUAAAGCAAAAGGGAGUGGAUUGGCCCCUUGGCCUGCUCGGUUGACCACACCACCUCCCCGUCUAGCUGACUUUGGCUAUUCUGCUGAAAUGUUUGAAAAGGACACGGAAGUUUGGCAGCACAGGGUUGAGAAUUAUUGGAAUCUUUUGAGCCCAAAGAUUCAGUCUGAUACCCUGAGGAAUUUGAUGGACAUGAAGGCUAACCUAGGGUCAUUUGCAGCUGCCCUAAAGAGCAAAGACGUUUGGGUUAUGAAUGUUGUGCCUGAAGAUGGACCCAACACUCUCAAAAUAAUAUAUGAUAGAGGCCUGAUAGGCUCUGCGCACAACUGGUGCGAAUCGUUUUCAACCUAUCCACGGACUUAUGAUCUACUUCAUGCUUGGACUGUCUUCUCAGACAUCGAAAAGAAAGAUUGUGGUGCCGAGGAUCUGUUAAUUGAGAUGGACCGCAUUUUGAGACCCACAGGCUUCAUUAUUAUCCGCGAUAAGCCAUCAGUGGUGGAAUUCGUAAAGAAACAUUUGUCAGCACUGCAUUGGGAAGCAGUGGCUACAGGUGAUGCUGAGCAGGACACCGAGCAAGGUGAGGAUGAGGUGGUGUUCAUCAUCCAAAAGAAGAUGUGGCUAACAAGCACCAGCUUCAGUGUCACUGAAUAAAACAGCCAACCAUGAUUUCCAGACUCUUGCCCUUUUACCUGAACAUUGCAGGGGCUAAAGGCAGCCCAUGUCGUGCCCGGUGGUUUAUAUGAUUUUGUAGCAUUUGAUGUUUUAGUUUAUUUCUUCUCCUUGAUCUUAUAUGAAAGCAGAAUUUUUUA